AUGGAUCAGACUCAGAGCAACACGACGUCGUAUGAUCACACGCCCACAGGCACCUCCGGCGCUCCCUCUGUCUCGAACCCAGCUGCCUCGGACCCAUCUGUCUCGAACUCGAAUCCAUCUGCCCCGAAUCUAUCUGCCCCGAACCCAUCUGCCCCGAACCCGUCUGUCCCGAACCCAUCUGCCUCGAACCUUCAACAGCACUCUAGCUAUGGUCACGAUGCCGGGUUUCCUUCAUACUAUGCUCCACAAUCAGAGGGAGGCAUCGGCUCCAAUCCAAAUUUCAGCUACUCUCAGUUCCUCAAUCACACCGGCGAGGAGAACCAAAUUCCUUAUGACCGAAUUAUCUCAUAUGAGCUUGUCAUCUCAUAUGGCGCUCAUUUGUAUGAGCACGACCUCAGUAUACGGGAUGCUGUGUCUCGUGAAGUAGCGAAGACCCUUUUUCAUGGUCAGCAACCUGCAUCGAGUGGUAUGCCCCCCGGCGGUCCUCAGUCCCAGCAUUCACAGGGGAACCCGGCAGGCUUCCAAUAUCGCUCCACUCAUAUGUGA